CGCCUCUAGGAAAUUGUAACACAUACAAAGAUGGGUAGUCUAAUAGGGCAUGUAUUACCAGGCACAGCUUUCCUUGCACUAGGUUUAUGGCAUCUCUUUAAUCACAUUAAACUCUAUUCUCUACAUCCAAACUCCUACACGUCUUCUCCUUGGUUCCCCACCUCAAAACUAAGGUACUUGGAGCUCUUCUUGAUCAUGGCAGGAAGCUCUAUCUCCAUUUCCAUGGAGCUUUUCAUUGGUCCUGAGAGACACCAACCCUUUGAUCCUGAUGGAACCAUACCAUCAAAUCAUCUCAGAAACUUUGAGCACUCUUCAAUUUCAAUGCUUUUCUUGGUUUAUGCAACUUUUGCAAUUCUUCUUGACAGAUUUAAGCCUAAAGCUCAACUUGGUCUAACACAGCUUCUUGGAGCAGUAGCUUUUGGGCAGCAGUUCUUUCUCUUUCAUCUCCACUCAACAGAUCACAAGGGUCUGGAAGGGCAAUACCAUUUGCUUCUCCAAGCUAUUAUAAUUGUUUCUUUAGUCACCACUCUUAUGGGAAUUGGGCUUCCAAGGAGUUUCUUGGUUAGCUUUGUGAGGUCUGUUAGUAUUGUUUUUCAAGGAGUUUGGUUCAUAGUGAUGGGCUAUAUGCUAUGGACACCUAAAUUGAUACCUAAAGGUUGUGCACUCUACGAUGAAGAUGAUCACCAUGUGGUUAGAUGCGGCAGCCAAGAAUCAUUGCAUAGGGCUAAAUCAUUAGUAAAUAUUCAAUUCAGCUGGUUACUAAUUGGGAUUGCAAUUUUUGCAAUUUCUUUUUAUCUGGGUCUGGUUGAAAGAUUUGGCAAAAGGGUGGAGCACUAUUCUGCACUACCAAAGGAAUUUGAAGAAAUUAAAGAAGAAGAAGUGUUUAGUGAUGUUGAAUCCCAAAAGGAAAAGAAAUUUGGUGAGUCCAGGGGUAGUUUUAUUCAUAUGGGAGCUGGAUUUGCACCAUUCAACAUGGAAAGGUAGAAUACGUGGGAGAAUAUGUGAUUUCCUGUGUUGUAUAAAUUCGCUUGCUCGGUGGUAUGCUGCUUUGUGUAUCUGUAUUUGUCUAUUAGUAUAUAAAAUUGCACACAUAUUUUUACAUA